CUGAGAACUGAUUCCCAGGUAUUCGUGUUUCGGCAGUCGGUCGGUGUGCUACAGUUUUUUUCUACUGGGCACUUGCGGUGCUCGGUUGUCUUGUGCCCAAUAUCAGUGCGAAUAAUGUAAAAAGAAUCAAUCGUCUGUGAUUGACCAAAGUGUUCAUAUGCGUACGUGAUUGGAUUAUCUGUGGCAGUUUCGCUGAGUGAAUCAAAAUGAAGAAAACUUCGGAAUCCAAGGAAAAUCUCGUCAGCUCUGCCGCGUCUCUGGCCACCGGCCGGGCCGGAUCGGAUGCUGAAGAGGACCGUCGGUCGACCAAGAGUACCUUUUCCGAGUUCGAUCGGGAGAUACCGGAAGUGAUCCUCACCAAGACGGAGAAGCAGUUUCUACUCAGCGCCGAGCGAGGUGAUUGUGCAACGGUUCGGAAAAUCAUACAAGCAAACAAAGGCGACCCGGAUGAGUUCGACAUCAACUGUGUGGAUCCGCUGAAUCGAUCAGCUUUAAUAGCAGCCAUCGAGAACGAGAACAUUGAACUAAUAAGACUGCUACUAUCGGAAGGAAUUCAAGUACAGGAUGCCCUGCUGCACGCGAUCAAAGAAGAAUACGUGGAAGCGGUGGAAACGUUGCUCGUCUGGGAGGAACAAACUCACCUCCCUGGUCAACCCUACAGCUGGGAAUCUGUGGACCGUUCGUCAUCCUCAUUCACAGCAGAUAUCACUCCGCUUAUUCUGGCCGCUCACAAGAACAACUAUGAAAUCCUUAAAAUUCUGCUGGAUCGAGGCGCAACACUUCCCAUGCCACAUGACGUUCGCUGUGGAUGCGACGAGUGCGUGACGUCAAGCGAACAGGACUCCCUCCGCCACUCCCAGUCACGCAUCAACGCCUACCGGGCACUGUCCUCGAGCUCGCUGAUAGCACUCAGUUCCAAGGAUCCGAUUAGCACCGCUUUCCAUCUGUCGUGGGAACUGAAGCGGCUAACGCGAACCGAGUCGGAAUUUCGCGCUGAGUACGCGCAAAUGCGUCUCACCGUACAAGAGUUUGCCAUGUCCCUGUUGGAUCACGCCCGCACCUCCAUUGAACUGGAAAUCAUGCUAAACUACAAUGCCAGCUCGCACGUCAACUGGGAACCGGGCGAGCGACAGUCUCUGGACCGGUUGAAGUUAGCGCUCAAAUUUAAGCAGAAGUUGUUCGUAGCACAUCCGAACGUUCAACAGUUGCUGGCUGCCAUUUGGUACGAAGGUCUUCCAGGAUUCCGACGAAAGUCUCCGAUUGGACAGAUAACUCAGGUCGCAAAGUUGGGUUAUAUGUUUCCAGUUUACAGCAUGAUCUACAUGGUUGCGCCCAACUCGGAAAUGGGUCAAUUCAUGAAGAAACCCUUCGUUAAGUUUAUCGUGCAUUCCGCUAGCUACGCCUUCUUUUUGAUGCUAUUGGGCGGUGCCUCGCAACGCGUUGAAUACUUGGCCAUCGAAUGGUUCGGACCGGAUUGGAUGCAGGAUAUACUGAAAGAGUGGAAACGUAAGGAACGAGGAUCGCUACCCGGAUUUUUCGAAUGCAUGGUUAUCUUGUAUAUAAUAAGUUUGAUAUGGCAUGAGAUGAAAGCCCUUUGGAACGAUGGAAUCAUGGAGUACAUAUCGGAUCUCUGGAACAUAGUGGAUUUCAUCUCGAACUCAUUCUACAUCGCAUGGAUAAGUUUGCGGUUUACAUCGUGGUUUACAGUCUGGCGCGACGCAAACAAAGGCCUCAAUCCGUGGUACCCCCGAGAACAGUGGGACCCCUACGACCCUAUGCUACUAUCGGAAGGUGCUUUCGCUGCUGGAAUGAUAUUCUCCUUUCUGAAACUGGUCCACAUAUUUUCGAUCAAUCCGCAUCUCGGGCCCCUGCAAGUAUCACUCGGUCGAAUGAUUAUCGAUAUUAUCAAGUUCUUCUUCAUCUAUACCUUGGUACUGUUCGCGUUCGGAUGUGGUUUGAACCAGCUGCUUUGGUACUAUGCGGUGUUGGAGAAAAACAAAUGCUACCAUCUACCGUCGGGCCUACCGGAUUUUGAUAACAACGAAAAGGCAUGCGGAAUUUGGCGUCGAUUUUCCAACCUGUUCGAAACAUCGCAGUCUCUUUUUUGGGCUUCCUUCGGUUUGGUUGACCUGAUGGCGUUCGAACUCACCGGAAUCAAAAGUUUUACCCGUUUCUGGGCACUUUUGAUGUUUGGAUCGUACAGUGUCAUCAAUAUUAUUGUUCUGUUAAACAUGCUAAUUGCUAUGAUGAGUAACAGUUAUCAGAUUAUUUCCGAACGUUCGGACAGUGAAUGGAAGUUUGCUCGCUCUCGGCUUUGGAUGAGUUACUUCGAGGAUGGAGAUACCCUUCCUCCACCGUUCAAUCUAGCGCCGUCGAUAAAAAACUUCUCCAAACUUACUGGGUCAUGCAGUGACAAUAAACGUUCGACAACAAGCGUCAUUAAGCGAAACAGGGAUAAGGCACAGCGACGUCACGAAAAUGUUAUGAAACUUUUAGUGCGACGAUAUGUCACGGCUGAACAGAGGAAGAGAGAUGACUUCGGGAUUACGGAAGAUGACGUUAUGGAGAUUCGGCAGGAUAUUAGUACCUUGAGAUACGAGCUGAUCGAUAUUUUUGCUAAGAAUGGCAUGAGGACUCCGAAUGUGAAACAGGCUGAUGGAGGCGGCAUUGCUGGCAAGAAAGGUCGCGUGAUGGAACGUCGCAUUCUCAAGGACUUCCAGAUCGGGUUCGUCGAAGGUAUCCUAAAUGAAACGUUCCGCGACAAGACUGACAAAUCUGCUGCCGAUGUGUUCACUACUAUCGCCAAGGCAAUUGGUGCUCGCCAGAGUGCCAAAAAGAAGAAACCCGAGGAUUGGAACGAACUGGUACGAAAGAACACCAUGGCAGGUGAUCCAAUUGGUAACUCGUCGGAGCUGCAAAUGCGCCGCAGCCGGCAAAGUUUGCGCAAGCAGAUUCUCGACAGUUCCGUGCAGGGUCUGGAUAUGAACACGGAAAAUCUGGUCGAGUACAAUCCGAAACUAUCGGAGGUAACGCCAGUAACGCGCGUUGCCUACGUCAAGUUCAUGACCAAGAAGUUCAAGAAGGACAUCCAAGAGGCCGGACCGGACGAAGCGGUUGUGGAAAACGAGCGUAAACCAUCGCUCAAGCGGAAGUCGUUGAAGAAUUUGGUCGAUCUGAAGGACAAGAUGAAUAUAAUUGCCGCCGAAAACAAAACGGAUGAGGCUCCAAAAGAAAGUGAAAUUCCACUGAAAGAGUCACCACCUACUCCAGCAGCAGUUGUAGUGACUGAGCCUCCCGCGGAAACCGCAACUCCAAAGUCCAACGCAGCGAAAGAUGCGGACAGCAGAACGGAUUCCACGAAAGUGCGCGUACGCUCUCCAAUCAUCGAAGAUCCCCGUGAAGACGUGAUGAGCGACAGUGACAGCCGCCCCAUGUCACCAAAAUCAACAACGGACAGUUCCUCGGAACGUCCCGAUACACCCAUCCCAUCCAGUGACUCACCGGUGGACAAGAAAACCGAUAGUAAACCUAGCUCUCCCGAUGUCAGCUCACCGGGAUCCAUCAAAUCUAAGGAUGCAGACUCCACCAAAGAAACCAGCUCACCCAAAUCAACCGAUAGCCUGGAAAAGGACACUCUUUCGCCAACUACUUCGGCAAAGUCGAAAUCCCGCUCCCCUUCGCCGAAAGCCAGUGAACCAGUGAAGCGCCUGGAAGUCCCUUCGGCAGCUGCCGUUGCCUCGCGUACUCCUCCGGUAGUCUCGGACAGGGGCAAAUCUAAAAUCACCGGCAAAACAAUCAGUGGUUGGAUGUGAAAGCAUAUCGUCGGCCUUCUGGACAAUGUUUGAUUCUUUACUUUCAUGAAGCCUCUGUUUAUGUUUAUGUGUUGGUGAAUUAGGAAAGAAAAUCGUUCAUCGUCAGUCAACAUCAUUAAAGUUUGGGUGUUUAUUAUUUUUAGCUAUCGAAGAACAUAAUAAAGUUAUUAAACGGCGUCUAGUUUCAAUGCAGGAA